ACUCAGCAGCAGCUGCUCCCCGACCUUCAAUUCCCCUGCCUGUUGCCGUACGUGCCUAAGCUAGCUUCGUCGUCUCGUUGCACGUACGUAGUAGCUAGACAGCCGAAUCGGCUCUCUAGCUAGCUCCUCCCUUCCGAUCGAUAUCAUCGCCAUGUCGGGGAUCUCGCUGGCGGUGGCGCCAAGGUCCGACCCGGACCACGGGUCGGAGCGGCAGCCGACGGCGAUGCUGGGCGGCGUGAUGGGCUCGCUCCGCGUCAUCGAGCUGCAGCUGGUGGCCUUCAUCAUGGUGUUCUCGGCGUCGGGCCUCGUCCCGCUCAUCGACCUCGUGUUCCCCGUCGCCACCACCAUCUACCUCCUCGCCAUCUCCCGCCUCGCCUUCCCGCCGCUGCACGCCAAUAAGUCGACCAAGCCUGAUGACGCCGCUGGCUCGCCCGCCGCCUCCUCCCAGUCGUCCCCGGAGAUCUUCCGCGGCAGCAAGCUGUUCCAGGUGUACGUGGUGGUGGGCACGACGGUGGGCCUGUUCCUGCCGCUGGCGCACGUGCUGGGCGGGUUCGCGCGGGGCGACGACGCGGCGGUGCGGUCGGCGACGCCGCACCUGUUCCUGCUGUCGUGCCAGAUCCUGACGGAGAACGUGGUGGGGUCGCUGGGCGCCUUCUCGCCGCCCGUCAGGGCGCUGGUGCCGCUGCUCUACACCGUGCGCCGCGUCUUCGUCAUCCUCGACUGGGCCUACGACGCGUGGGCCUCCACCGCGCAGGACGCCGCCUGGGUGUGGUUCGGCAGGUGUCUCGCCGCCGCCAACCUGCUCUACUUCUCCGCCAACCUCUUCGUCUUCCUCAUCCCGAGGUUCCUGCCCCGCGCCUUCGAAAAGUACUUCCGCAUGCGCGACGAGCUGUGCGCCAAGACGGCCGAGGACAAGCACGCGCGCGAGGGUGUCGUCGGUGCGGCCAAGUCGGAGGUGUCGUCCAAGAAGGCGGACUGAGAGCUAUCGGCUCUCGCAGUCGCAGCACGGGGUGUAAAUUCGGUAGCCUGUGGUGGGCCUGCUGUAAUUUCUCCUGCGUUAUGUUUAAUUGUCAUCGGUUUGACCAA